AUGUCUUCAUUCUCUUUUUAUGAAUCUCCUGAUUUUCUAAUCUAUGGAUCUCACGCGCUAAUCGCAAUCGAAUUACCUGCUCAUACCCUCGGAGCCUAUUGUGUUCUAAUGAAAACUCCAACAAAAAUGAAAUCUGUUAAAAUGUGUCUCUUCAGUUUAUUAUUCUUUGGAGCAUUUUUGGAUUUUACCCUAACUAUUCUACUCAUCCCAUAUCUUACGAUCCCGGCUCCUGGAGGAAUUGCUUUUGGAUUAUUUCAAAAAUUGGGUGUGAGUAAUGCAGUGCAAACUUGGUUUGGUGCGGCGAGUCUCGGCUUGACCGCUUGUUCUGUUUUAUUAUGUUUUGAGAAUCGCUACAGCUCGCUGAUCGUCAAAUGUUAUUCGAAAACUACUGCUUGGCAUAUCAAACGGUACAUUUAUUUGGGGCUUAACUUUUUGUUUGCCUUGAUCUUCUUUGUACCAGCAGUUUAUGAGAAACCCGAUCAGGUUUCGGCGAAACUUUAUAUCAAACAAAUAGUACCACAUAUCCCAGAUUAUAUCAUAGAUGAUCCCACAUUUUAUGUGAUUGAUCCCAAUACAAAAACCACUAUGAUUUGUGUAUCUGCAAUGAUGAUUUGUCAAUUCAGUCAAGAUGCUUUUUUCGUAUUCAGUAUGUUAUAUUAUUUCUUGACUACAACGAGUAUCUCUCGACAAACUAGACAACUUCAGAAAAUGUUUUUUCUAUCACUAUGUAUUCAAGUUUCUAUAGCUGUUGGGAUAUUGCUCAUACCAAUGUUUUAUAUUAUUUAUUCAAUGUUGAAUAGUUAUCAUAACCAAGUUGCAAAUAAUAUAAUAACACUUGUUGUCAGUAUUCAUGGAUUGAUAUCUACAGUAGUUAUGAUUGCGAUUCACAAACCUUAUCGAAAUGUGAUCAUCAGAUCUGCAACUUCUAAUAAAAAUCAGAGCAUAGUUCCAGUUUUACGAACCUUUUGA